AUAAUCUAUGCCUAUUGUAUAAUGUAUUUGUACAUUUUCAUUUUUCAACUUUAACUUCGUACCUUCUAGUUGUAGACAGUAAUUGUAAAUUGUAGGCACUUGAGUAUUAAAAAAUCUUGACUCCUAAUUAAAGACUUAUAAUUGGUUGAUAAAUAAUUUUUGUUUUUAAAAACACGGUCUUAGAUUAUAACUAAUUAUUAACUGAAGAACAUCAAUUGAUUUUUAUAAUUUACGCUAAAAACAUUCCAUUUUCAGUUAUUACACCAAUAAUUCGCAUUAUGAUGAACUCCAACACUCUCAAUAUAAUAACUUCGAAACAAGUCUGUACAAAAUUCUAUUUAUUUAUAAUUGUUCUUUCAUUUCUCAGUAGAGAAGUUUAUUCUGAAUGGAACACCAGAGAUUAUAUGAAACGUGAACAUUCACUGUUGAAACCAUACCAAGGGUCUGGCAUAACAGUACCAAACUGGGACUUUAUGGGUUCCACUUUAGUGACAGACAAAUAUGUGCGAUUAACACCCGACUUACAGAGCACGUCUGGUUCAAUAUGGAACUCUUUACCUUGUUAUGUCAAUAAUUGGGAAUUACAAGUACAAUUCAAAAUCCAUGGAAAGGGAAAAGACAGUCUUCACGGUGAUGGCAUGGCUAUUUGGUACACCCGAGAAAGAAUGAAACAUGGGCCAGUUUUUGGCAAUAAAGAUUUAUUUGAAGGGCUCGCUGUUAUUAUUGAUACAUAUAGUAAUCAUAAUGGAGAACAUAAUCACCAACAUCCUUAUAUUUCAUCAAUGGUUAAUAAUGGAUCUUUGCAAUAUGAUCAUGACCGCGAUGGAACCCAUACAGAACUGGCAGGAUGUGAAGUUAAAGUCAGAAAUUUACCAACUGAAACUCAUGUUUUAAUAAGAUAUACUGGCAAUACUCUAACUGUAAUGACAGACUUGGAAGAUAAAGCUGUAUGGAAACCCUGUUUUUCUGUUGGUGGUGUUGAACUGCCGACUGGUUACUAUUUUGGAUUUUCUGCAGCAACAGGAGACCUGUCAGAUAAUCAUGAAAUUUUAGCUGUUCGAUUAUAUGAAGUGGAUUCUGAUGACCCUAAUGAAGCACUUAAGGAUCGUUCAAAUAUAAUUCCAAAUGCUAAAGUAUUCAGUCCACCUAGAGAACAUAUUGAAGAUACAAAGAGUCAAAGUUGGAGUGGUUUAAAAAUAUUUUUUAUCGUUUUAUUUGUUAUUAUUUUAAUUGCUGCUUUAAUUGUUGGUGGUGUGUGGUAUUGGGAGUACCAGCAAACUCAAUCACAUAAAACAUUUUACUAAAAAACUAGUUAAAUUGUUAAUUCCAACAAAAGAAGAAUAUUUAUUUAAAUUUUAACAUUGCCAUCACAAAAAAAAAAAGAAAACAUUUAUUAUCAUAUUAGUUUUUAUUAUUAAAGAUAUGAAAACAAAUAAUUAUAUACCAAGUUUUACAUGUUUCAAUCAAAUUUCAGUCAAAACAGAUCAUUUUUUAAUGUAGACUCGUGUUUUCGUGUAUUGAAAUAUUUUUUUUUGUAUAAUAUAAACGGUAUUUGUGUUCCAUUUUCAA